AUGAAGUUCACCACUCUCUGCCUCACCGCCCUAGGCUUCAUCGGCUUCGCCAUGAGCCAAGGCAGCGAGACAACCCUAACAACAAGGCCAUGCAACAACCCCAAGUACUGCACCACAGUGCGCACUCCACCAGCCCGCUCCAACGCCUACACCUCCAAGGAAACCACCGACUCGACUGAGCUCACCCGCACCAUCACCGCGCACCGCCGCCAGCUCACCGUAGUCGAGUCCCACACCCGAGCCAGCGUCCACACCUCCAAGUCCAUCAAGACGCACAAGCCUCCAAAGCCAUCCAAGACCAAGACCUCCGGGGACUCUGAAAUCCCUAAGCCCUCUGAAGGUUUCUCGGACUCCGUCCGCCCGACUCGUGUCUCUGUCACUGCGCAGCGUCGCCAGGCCCUGCCAACUACUGCGACUUGCACUGAGAUCACCGAGUGGGACUCCAAGACUUAUGCUACUGCGAUUUCUACGCAUAUUCAAUGCGGACCGGAUAAGUCUAAGCCUACUUGCUCUACCUCGUAUGAGUGCGGUUGCCACUCCUCUGCCUUUACCCGCGAUGAUAAUCCUGAUAUACACUUUUGCUGGCCCAUGGCGACUAGCACUAUCUUCCCCCCGGACUACGGCGGUGGACGGUCCCAGCGGUGGGUCGCAAGGCAGGCGAGGGCUACUCAUGCGCCUAGACUCGCGUCUGAGGAUCUCGGAGGACGGUCUCAGCGUCUUGUUGCCAGGCAAGCGGUGCCGACAUCGACUUGCUCUCCUGGUCAUGUUGGAAGCGACUGCAGCGUUGUCGUCUCACCGCCUAAACCGACGAAGUCUUGUCCUCCGGGUUGGGUUGGACCUGACUGCCCUUUCGCAAGUCAUGUUCCAAGCACCCCGACGGCUACGGCUACCAACGAUAUUUACGCUCGUCAAGAGGCUGAAGCGGGUGGGAAGCCAGUCUACGUUGUCACGGUCACCCAUGUCAAGCGUGUAACCGCCCGUCAAGAAGCUGGACCGACUGAUCUAGUCGGGGUCAUUACGGUUACCAACACCAACACUAAAGAAGCUGGACGAAUUGACCCAGUCUACGUCGUCACAGUCACCGACUUCAAUGCUAUGAAGGCUCGUCAAGAAGAUGAAGCGAGUGGUAACCCGGUCUAUGUCGUCACAGCCACGGACACUAUCGCUACCACCGCCCAUCAAGAAGCUGAACCGACUGACCCAGUCUACGUCGUCACGGUCACCGACACUAUCUCCACCACCGCUCGUCAAGAAACUGAACCUACUGACCCAGUCUACGUCGUCACAGUCACCGACACCCUCCCUACCCCUUCCACCGCCCAUCAAGAACCCGAACCAACAAACCCAGUCUACGUCGUCACCAUCACCGACACCAACACCAACACCGUCGACAUCAAUGCCCGUCACAUCCCCGACGAAAUCUCUGCUUCCCUUCCUCCUGUGGUAACGGCAGCGGAUUAUGGAUGCCCACCGGGUACUUGCGGACCUGCUUGUCGUUCUGGUCAUUACUGCAACAAAUUGUUUGGUCGUGUGGCUGUUGGAGAGUUGGGUGUGGAGGAUGGUGUGGAUGGUGUGGAUGGUGUGGAGGAUGGUGUCUCGAAGGAGCCGUUGACGAGCGAGGAACCUGUGCCUACGAGGGGGGGUUAG